UAGGUUCUUCCCUAUAAAUAAUCCACGCAUCCUGACCAAAGACUACACAAAUCACACUAAAUAAUUACUCAAACCAUCAUCAGUAACAACCAGAUUACAGUAUUCAUUCCCAAACAUACAAAUCAUAUCCAUGGCCAAACAGGCGACAGCUGCGGUGCUCGCCGUCGCGUUGGUGCUCGCGGCGUCGGCGGGGCUCGCGCACGGCAUCUGCAACCUGUCGGACGCGGGGCUCCAGGCGUGCAAGCCGGCGGCCGCCGUGCGCAACCCGGCGGACACGCCGUCGUCCGAGUGCUGCGACGCGCUGGCCGCCGCCGACCUGCCGUGCCUGUGCCGGUACAAGGGCUCCGCCGGCGCCCGCGUGUGGGUGAGGUUCUACGGGAUCGACCUCAACCGCGCCAUGACGCUGCCGGGCAAGUGCGGCCUCACCUUGCCGGCGCACUGCUAGUGCUAGCUAGCUGAUGGCAAGCACAAACUACAGUGCGGCGACCUCGAUCGCCAUGUUGCUGCAAUUCAAUUAUGCAGUCGUGACCACUAGCGCUACCAAUAUAUAGCAUAUAUAUAGUAGUAAUAUUAAUAUAUAUGUCAUACUAUGCGAUCGAUGAGCCCGGCAAGGGGAGAUGAAUAAAUUUGGCAACAUAUAUAUGUAUUUAUGCUCUUCUUUCAGUAUCAUCAAAAGAUAUGCGUGUGAUGAAUAGGUUGGGUGUUUAACCAAUAAUAUAUUUGUAAUGAUACUGAUUUGAGUAAAAGAGGAAGUCGUUCUAUACUUUUCAAA